UUUUUGUUGCCACUACACUCUUCUAGUGCCCAUAAUAUGCCAGAACGUCAAAGAGUUGCUUUAGUCACCGGAGCUUCGUCCGGAAUUGGACUUGCCACCGCCAUUGAGUUUGCCAAGAGAGGAUACAAAGUAUUCGCAGGGGCAAGAAGAUUAGAACCCAUGCAAGUUUUAAAGGAUGAAUACGGAGUAAUCAUUUUCCAAUUGGAUGUCAGUGAUUUAGAUUCAGUCAAGAACGCAAAGAAGUUUAUCCAAGAACAAACUGGUGAUGAUUACUUGGACUUUUUGUAUAACAAUGCUGGUCAAUCAUGUACUUUCCCCGCAAUUGAUGUUACUGAUGAACAGGUGAAGCAAUGUUUUGAAGUUAAUGUGUUUGGUCCUGUAAGAGUAGUUCGUGAACUUGCACCAUUGGUUAUCAAUGCCAAGGGUGUCAUUGGAUUCACUGGGUCUGUUAGUGGUUGCGUUCCAUUUCCAUUUUCGUCAAUUUAUUCUGCUACAAAAGCUGCGAUUCACCAAUAUGCUGCUACAUUGAGAGUAGAUUUGAAACCUUUUGAUGUUAAGGUUAUAAAUAUUGUUACUGGUGGUGUAAAGACUAAUAUUGAAGACAAGAGAGACUUGCCAUCAACUUCCCUCUAUAAUGUUCCAGGUAUCAAAAAUGCAUUUGACCAAAGAAGACAAAUGGCAAAGAAGAACAAUCCAAUUCCACCGGAAGUUUAUGCUAAAGGUGUAGUGGAUGACUUUGAAAAUGCUCUGUUGGGAGGUAAAUUGAACAUUUACCGUGGUCGUAUGGCUUUCUUCUUGGGUCAUCUUAUGUACUUUGUGCCUAGAUUCAUUGUUGAAUUGGCAUUACUUAGAAAGUUUGGCUUAUUUGGUGUUUUUGAUGCCAUCAAGCAGAAGUAUUCCAAAGUAAAGCUUCAAUAGUUUUUUGUUUAUGAUUUAACGCAUGUGAAUUUUUG